UCAUUUGACAUGUGGGAAGAGCCGCAAUUAGGGGUUUCAAUAAUUUGGAGGACAAGUGCAGGGGGGCUACAAAUUGGGGGAGGGGAAGCCCCAGAAUCGAUACAACACCAGGCUUAGCGGGAUUGGGAUUGUUCUCGGUAGUAAAGCAGAAUUGUCAGGCCAGGGGUUCGAUCCCGGGCGGAAGCCUGAGUUAAAGAGAAGGAAAUACAGUCACAAGCCGCCUUGAAAUGCCAGGACAAAUUCGGUGUUCGGCUGUGGCACGGUAUUUUGAAUCUGCUGGUAGCUAUGCGACGGGGGAGAAGGAAAGAUAGAUAUAAUUUGUAGUUCUGCUUCGAGUUGCUGCUGAUUUGGGGAUUUUAUUUAGGGCUUCGAGAAGGAUUUUGGGGGUUUCAUGGCGACGGCUGUGUUGGAGGUUGAAUUUGCGGUCUGUGAGUGCUGCGGACUGAAGGAGGAAUGCACGCCUGCUUACAUUGCUCGGGUGCGUGAGCGGUUCUAUGGGCGGUGGGUCUGUGGGCUGUGUUCUGAGGCUGUGAAGGAUGAGCUUUGCAGGGCUAAUGCGAUUAUUGGGAUGGAAGAAGCUCUGCAGGCUCAUAUGAAAUUUUGUAAGCAGGUUCGAUCGGAUGUUAAUGCUAACCCGGCUGUGCAUCUUGUGGGUACCAUGCGGCGGCUGUUGAGAAAAAGUCUUGACUCGCCCAGAGCCCUGCGAUCCACUCCGAGUAGCCCUCGUGUUAAUGAGGAUGUUGCCCGCAAGGGUAUUGCGCGUUCUAACAGCUGCUUCUCCACAUUGGCUAGAUGAUCAAGUUGGGAAUUCAUUGCCAGGGAAAUAAAGAAAGUCAUCUGCUUGAUACUUAUUCUCUUUUGCAGAUCAACUCCGCAGUAAUAUAUAUAGUUAUUUCGGAGUUUCCAGGGGGGGAACGAAACACUGGAAGCGUAGUUGAAACUGUUCUUGUAAAUUUGAAUGGAUGUUAAAUAAUCAGUUUCAUUCACUGAA